AUGAUGAUGAUGCAUGUGCUUGCAAUGCUCAGACUGUUUCUUGUGCCCAGUCCCUGCUUCCCCCAUCCUCACCAAGAAGGUGGCCUGAUCUAUACUAGACUUCAGAAGAAGGGCAAAGGUAGGGCUAUAGAUGCCGAGGACAUUGAUGCUGCAAACCACAGUGACCAUGACACCCAACUCCCAAACCUCAAGAAGCCAGGGAAUCUGUCCACAGCAGCAUUAGAUGAAAUACAUGCUUUUGCGAAGGAUGUCAAGAUGAUGGUGGAAGAGCUUGGCCAAUGGCAUGGGCAGUCUACAUGCAACACACUCAUCACUGUGGGAUUUAGUGUUAAGGCUUCUCAUACCAAAAUUAAUGAGGCCAACCUCUUCCACUUGUGGUAUUGGGCCACACAGCCCAAACCAGAUGGUGCUAGAGUGGACAAUGAAAAGACACAAUUUUCUGGAUGGGCAGAGGCAUGGUCCAAUCUCAAGAAUAUCAAGAUAGUUGGAGCAGUAAUGUAUGUUGGACAGGACCCUGCAGGACGUCAAACUUCUGGCAUAUUUGGAGGCUCCAAGAUGAUAAGAAACUUCAUCAAUGAAAAUGGCAUUGAUGUCUGGUCACUCAUGGAUAAGCAUACCGCAAUUUUCAAGUUUCUCAGGAAUGGCGAUGGUGUGGAUGCCAGGGUGGCUGGCACCAGUUCCAUUGGAGAUGAGACUCUGAGAGACUGCAACCACAGAGUAUUCAGAUGCAUGAUGAAGGAGAAGAUGUUGGCCACAUUGAGAGAUCUGUGUGUCACACAUGGCAUUGAAGUCAGUGAUCCCCAGAAAGUUUCCUGGCACCAGCUUCUCAGGUUUUUGCGGAAGAGCCACCUCACUAUUUUCAACUGGCCCCACAGUGUAUCUCCACCAGGCCCUGGUUUUGAGUACAAGAAACUUAAGGCUGGCCCUCUUCAUCAACUUGUAGUACCUUACCUUCAGAGAAAACUGGGUCUUUUGUAUGAUGGGCAAACCAAUGAUGAGGAAGAACAAGAUAGUCUGGAUGAUGUGCUGGAAAUUGAGAUUAAGUGCUGGAACGAAGAGGUCAUUGAUAUUUUGGAUGCUGACCCUUUGAAGGGUGAGAUUGUGCUCAUCAAAGCUACCAAUGGUACUGUUUUGCAGCAGAUCUCAGAUGAUCCAGAGUGGCAGAAGUCCCUCAAGGAAACGGAUCACCAGCAGCAAGGCACAGAGCAACAACUCCCUUUUCCCUCUUGGAAGCGACCCCAUGUGGAGGUGUCAAAUCACAAUACUAUUGGUCCCCAGGAUGUGUGCCCCAUUGCACAAGAUUUGUGUCAUGACCCAUCCACAAUUCCAAGCAAUGUGCACACUCGAGAGCCUGGCCCAUCCAAGCCUCCCACACUGGCUCUGCAAUAUGGGGUAGGGAUCUACAUCAGGAUAAUCUUCCAAGCCAUCCUCACAUGCGAGAGGCUGGCCCAGCCCAGCAGUCUUUUCCCAGAUGACAAUUUUGUGUCAGUUGCCCCAGCCAUUACUGUUACAUUUCAGGACUGGCCACUUAUCAACUCUUUGUUAGGGGUGGUCCAGGGUCAAAUCACACAUGGUGCCGAUGUCCAUCACAUGUCCAUUGCUGUUAGGCACUAUUCAGAAUCAGGGGAAUUAGAUGCAUCUGUACACCUUAGCAAACCAAUAGUGGUCUUCUAUACAUCAAUUGUCCAGCAGGCUUUCAAUGCUUUUUGGGCAGUAGAGAGCCCUCUGCUUCCAGAUGUUCAUUGCACAUUGUGUUGUUGUGAUCUGAAGUUCUACACCUAG